AUGGGACCGGGCACGGGCUCCAGCAAGCUGCGCAAGGACGACUACCAGCAGUACAUUCUGCGAUGCUACGACGUAGCGCUCGCGGAGCGGCUCAGGAAGUCCCUGCGGGAUGACGACCAGAGGUCGACCCCGGAGGUGCGGCUACAGUUCGACGAGGCGGCGUCGUUCUUCACGGGCACGGGCGACCCCAGCUCGGGCAAGCUGUCGUUCAACUCGGAGCAGCGCGUCGUCUUCGCGCGCAAGCUCCCCACCGUCGUGGAGUCCUACAAGACGCGCAACGACAUCGACCUGGUCAAGAUCGGCGAGAUCGGCGACAUCCUCGUCGUGCAGGACCCCGACGACCCCUUCCCGCACCCGCCCAAGGGCGAGCUCGCCGACGGCCUCACCCCCGCCAUGCGCAGCGCCGCCGCCAACCGCUUCCGCCCGGACCCCAAGGCCGACCCGAGCGUGGUCAAGAGCGUCGAGAACGACCUGGUGCGCCUGAUCGACGGGGGCGCGCCCGUGGGGUGCACGAUCGUGGACGUAGAGGAGGAGUGGGACGACGGCCUCGGCCGCUACGUCCCGGCCGUCGCCAAGAAGAAGGUCCAGAACGAGGCGCCCGCGCUCGGGGGGGGCGGCGUUGCGCCGCCAGAUGUGGGCCCGAGCAGGGCGGCCGAUGUGGACAGCGACCAGGACGAGUACGCGGCGCUGGGGGAGAGCCUGUUCAAGUCGGCCAUGGGGUGA